UCUUCUCGUCAUUAUAGUUCAAACAAGAGAGCGAAGUACAAGCAAAAGCGACAAAGCGCGAAAGCAAGCAAAUUCAAAUAUUUGAGUGAAAUUCAAUAAUAUAGUGACAGACUAAAGUAAUAGUGAAUACAGUGAAUUAUUUAGAACUAAAGAGUGGCAAAUAUUAGUUACAUAAACGUGAAAAUGUCUGCAAUCGGAAUCGAUUUGGGAACGACAUACUCCUGCGUGGGAGUGUUCCAGCAUGGAAAAGUGGAAAUCAUUGCCAACGACCAGGGAAACCGAACCACCCCCAGUUAUGUGGCGUUUUCCGACACGGAACGGUUGAUCGGCGAUGCGGCCAAGAACCAGGUGGCACUCAAUCCGAAGAACACAGUUUUCGACGCCAAACGACUGAUUGGACGCCGGUUUGACGAUCCAAAAAUCCAGGCCGACAUCAAACACUGGCCAUUCACGGUGUUCAACGAUGCUGGCAAACCGAAAAUCGAAGUAGAGUUCAAAGGUGAGAGGAAACGGUUUGCUCCGGAAGAAAUCAGUUCAAUGGUUUUGGUCAAGAUGAGGGAAACGGCUGAAGCUUACCUGGGGCAAAGUGUGAAGAAUGCAGUCAUCACAGUUCCUGCGUAUUUCAACGAUUCCCAGCGACAAGCCACAAAGGACGCUGGAGCCAUUGCCGGACUCAAUGUUAUGCGAAUUAUAAAUGAACCAACGGCAGCGGCAUUGGCUUAUGGACUGGACAAGAAUCUCAAAGGCGAGCGAAAUGUUCUAAUUUUCGAUCUGGGCGGUGGCACAUUUGACGUCUCUAUUCUGACCAUCGAUGAAGGCUCUUUGUUCGAGGUGCGAGCCACAGCAGGUGAUACUCAUCUGGGAGGAGAGGACUUCGAUAAUCGAUUGGUAUCACACUUUGUCGAAGAGUUCAAACGCAAGUUCAAGAAAGAUAUUUCAUCGAAUGCUCGAGCACUGCGUCGCUUGAGAACGGCAUGUGAACGAGCCAAGCGAACAUUGUCAUCCAGUACUGAGGCCACAAUCGAAAUCGACGCUCUGAUCGACGGAAUCGAUUACUACACAAAAAUAUCUCGUGCUCGAUUCGAGGAACUGUGUUCGGAUCUAUUCCGUUCGACACUUCAACCAGUUGAAAAAGCUUUGUCUGAUGCCAAGAUGGACAAAAGCACGAUUCACGACAUCGUUCUGGUUGGUGGAUCAACUCGCAUUCCAAAAGUCCAAUCACUGCUGCAGAAUUUCUUCUGUGGAAAAUCGUUGAACCUGUCCAUCAACCCAGACGAGGCUGUGGCAUAUGGUGCUGCAGUGCAAGCAGCCAUUCUCAACGGAGAUAAAGACCAGAAGAUCCAAGAUGUGCUGCUUGUGGAUGUGGCUCCACUUUCACUGGGAAUCGAAACAGCCGGAGGAGUUAUGACAAAAUUGAUCGAACGUAACAGCCGAAUCCCAUGCAAGCAAACGCAAACAUUCUCAACUUAUGCAGAUAAUCAGCCAGGAGUGUCAAUCCAAGUAUAUGAGGGAGAACGUGCCAUGACUCGGGACAACAACCGAUUGGGACAGUUUGACCUCUCGGGAAUUCCGCCAGCACCGAGAGGGGUUCCCCAAAUUGAAGUCACGUUCGAUAUGGACGCCAACGGCAUUCUGAAUGUUUCGGCCAAGGAGAAAAGCACCGGCAAGGAAAAGAACAUCACCAUCAAGAAUGAUAAGGGCCGUCUUAGUCAAUCAGACAUCGAUCGAAUGGUUUCCGAGGCAGAGAAAUUCCGGGAAGAGGACGAGAAGCAACGUGAACGCAUUUCUGCUAGGAACCAGUUGGAAGGCUACUGCUUCCAGCUAAAACAGUCCCUUGAUUCCGCUGGGGAUAAGCUGAGUGAAUCAGAUAAGACUACUGUGAGGGACAAAUGUGACGAGACAAUUCGAUGGCUGGACGAAAAUACGAUGGCCGAAAAGGAGGAAUUUGAACAUAAGAGGAAGGAGUUGAGUCAAGUUUGUAGUCCGAUCAUGACUCGAUUGCAUCAAAGUGGAACCGGAGCAGGAGCCUCGAGUUGUGGUCAACAAGCGGGAGGAUUUGGUGGCCGAACGGGGCCAACCGUCGAAGAAGUUGACUAGAAAGUAUUUAUCAAUUGAUAUGAGUAGAAUAAACGAAGUGGAAUGAAUGAUUGAGUAAUGCAUGAUCAAAUAGAUGAAUUAGGAAUGAAUAUGUAACUAUUUUGUAAUGAUGCACUGAUACUAGAAUAUAAAACGACCUAGAUUAUGUUAUUUAUUUUCAUAGAAAUAUAUUGUACCAUAUGAUCUCAA